UUGUCAUUUACUGAUGCCAACAAUAUGCUAUGUUCUGCGGCUAUCAGUUUAGAUUCUGAUCAAGAAAAUCAGUUUGCGCUCCUAACAAAAGUUGAUUCAGAAGAUGAAACAAUUAUACUGCCGUGCUCAGAAAUUACUGAUUUCGAUAACUUUAAUAAACUGUUAAAGUCGAAUGAAAAUUAUCAAAAAAGAAUUGUGCGCAAACUUACGCCACUAGUUUAUCCUAGUCAAGCUAUGAUAAAAAGUACUGUAUCAAUGAUGCGUUUGGCAAUGUCACGUGACGUGGCUCUUCUGUACAAUUUAAAAAACCUAAUGAAAAAAAAAAUUUUCAUCGAUACUCAGUUUCAUAAAGUUAUAAAAGGAGUACUUGUUAAAAAAUUUUCAAAAUCUAAUGACGAGUCGCUGCCUAACAAAUUAAUUGAUGAAAGUAUUUCAUCAGUACUAAACCACUGCGGUGAUUGGGAUUGUGGGCGGCUGGAAAGAAAGAAGAAGAUGGACCUAAAAAAACUUCAAGAAGUUCCCGAUGAUAGCAACGCAAAUAAAACUGACCAAUAACUAAACAGUAAUUGCAAGUUAUCAUUAACUGAUCAUUAUCAUUAAUUAUUUAUCAUUAACUUUUUGUUUUUUCUGAAUUUCAUUUUAAGUACUAAAGUUUGAAUGUCUAAACCUAAAUUUAAAAAGUACAAUAUACAUUUUAUUUAAAUUUUAUUUUAAGAAAAAACUAAAUGUAAU